UCUUUUUUCCAAGCUUUGAAGGAGGACUAGAACCCGCACACAACGUAUCAGACUAAUCAACCAGACUUUUGAACUCUUCUGGUUUCAAACAUUUUCUAGUUAAAAGCUGGCCUUCAACUCCUAAUGCUGGAUUUCUGUUCUUUCAGGUUCUUUUUAUUCGCACCUUCUUUGUGAAACUUUUCACCCUUUCUUAAUUUGGGUGUUUUUCAACCCCCCCUGACCGUGUUUCACUGCGGUCAGGUACAAUGGCUCUUGGAGUCCUAAAUUCACAAGUGAAAAGUUCCCUGAGUGGGAGCGCAUUUUUUGGCCUUGGUUCUAUAGAGGAGCAGGAACCUCCACCUCCGCUCCGUAGCUACCUUUGUUUGACUAUUUUCUCCUGCUUUUGUCCUGCAUACCCCGUCAACAUCGUGGCCCUGGUCUUCUCUAUCAUGUCUAGAAACAGUUACUAUCACGGUGACUAUGACGGGUCCAGGCGGCUGGGCAGGAACGCUCUCUAUGUUGCUGUCGCCUCCAUCAUCAUUGGCCUUCUCAUCAUCGCCAUCACCUGCAUUGUUCAUUUUACCACAAUGGAUUUUUAACACCAUGGAAGUGAAGAGCAAGGGUGAGAAGAGAAAUAAGACACUUAGACAACUCUAAGAGGACAUGGUGACCCUCUGUUGUGCUCUGGAAGGAGUCAGGUGGUUGGUUCACACCAUCUGCCAGUGUAAGGACUCGACUCAUGUUUACGUCCAUUUGUACAUCACUUCCUCUCGUGUUUCCUGCUCUUUAUGUGGACAGUCAACCAGAAUGUGUACAACCUUUCAGUAACUGAUUUCAGCGAUGCUUUGAAUUACAAAGGCAGCUUUCUACAAAUGUGUGGGAAACCCACAGUUCACGGCUAUUUUAUGUUUAGGUUGUGAUGCAUCAUGUGACAAAAUGUAUUUUCACUGUUCGUGUUUUUAGCUUAAAAUAUCAAUAAAACUAGAAAGAUGAUAAUGACAGAAUGAUCUCAGAACACGUAUUUUAUCCAUAACUUUUGAUAAAUUAAUUCCAAUAAUAAUAAUAAUAAUACAUUUAUUUUUAAUUUUACUAGUCUAAAAUUCUUAAGCGACGGCAGUGAUAUUUUGUGAUACAAAAUUUUUAUCAAUUGUCAUGAUAUUGUGUCUGUUUGUGGUAAGAAAAAUAAAAUACCUUUGUAU